AUGGCUAUGGCAAAUCGUCAAAACCGCGGAGCUAAGCUUCCGCCAGAGGUUAAUCGAAUCCUCUAUAUCAAAAAUCUGCCCUACAAGAUCACAACGGAAGAAAUGUACGAGAUCUUCGGAAAGUUCGGAGCUGUUCGACAGAUUCGAGUCGGCAACACAGCAGAAACUCGUGGAACAGCAUUUGUCGUCUACGAAGACAUCUUUGAUGCCAAAACAGCGUGUGAGCACCUGUCCGGUUACAACGUAUCGAAUCGAUACCUGGUGGUGUUGUACUAUCAAGCGACAAAGGCCUGGAAACGGAUGGACACAGAAAAAGCGCGUGCGAAGCUCGAGGAUAUCAAGGAACGAUAUGGAAUCGGCGGAGACAUCGAUAAGGAGAAGGAGAAAAUGGGCAUUUACACUCCAAGAAGAAACUAA